GAGUAGCAGUCAACUAUGUUAAUUUGACUAUUAAAUGAAUAACACGACAAUUUUAAAAAUGCAAAAAAAAAAAAUUUGGCAUAGAUAGAUGGAAAUAAAUAGUCAGAGAACAUCACACAACCAAACGCGCUAGUCGACAAGUAGUCGAAUUGCCGAUAAAAGGGCCUGUUGUGCCACUAAAUGGCCAGCCCUGUUAAACCUGCGAGGAGUAAAUGUACACGAAAACAUGGAGAAGGAAGACACCGCCACUCGUAUCUCCUCCAAAAUCGCACCGCCCCGACCAUGCGCCACAUCUUUAAAAAUGCAAAUUAGAUGGGUAUGAGAUGAGAAUUGAGAGGUGGAAAUUAUAAUUUUUUUCGGUGGGCUGCUUUGGGCUGUAACAUCUUCAUGGGCUGAAUGUUGAUUGCAUGGAAAAGGAAAUAACCGACAUUUGUACGGGCCUAAGAAGAAAAUGGGCCCCCAACUGUUUUCUGCCGAGAAAAAAUAAAAACCCUAGUACAUAUACCAAGCCAUUUUCCAACAUUUCCACUGCCGCGAGAAUUGCCGUCGCUCACCAUUCAGUAAAACCCUAAUCUUCUUCUUCCUCCUCCGUCGCCGCCGAGCAGCGAAAACAAUGCCGCCCAAAUUCGACCCGUCCCAGGUCGUCGACGUCUUCGUCCGCGUCACCGGCGGCGAAGUCGGCGCGGCCAGUUCCCUCGCUCCCAAGAUCGGCCCACUCGGUCUCUCGCCGAAGAAAAUCGGAGAAGACAUCGCCAAGGAGACCGCCAAGGACUGGAAGGGUCUCCGCGUCACCGUCAAGCUCACCGUGCAGAACCGUCAGGCGAAAGUCACCGUCGUCCCUUCCGCCGCUGCGCUGGUGAUCAAGGCCCUGAAGGAGCCCGAGAGGGACAGGAAGAAGACCAAAAAUAUUAAACACAACGGGAACAUCUCCCUCGACGACGUGAUUGAGAUUGCCAAGGUGAUGAGCCCCAGGUCGAUGGCGAAGGAUCUCAGCGGCACGAUCAAGGAGAUUUUGGGGACCUGUGUCUCGGUCGGGUGCACGGUCGAUGGGAAGGACCCGAAGGACUUGCAGCAGGAGAUUACCGAUGGCGAAAUCGAGGUCCCGCUUGAGUAAGAGUUUAGUCUUGUAGCUGCUGUUUUUUGUUUGCUCGUCUAUUAUGUCUUGGGUAGUCUUGAGCCCUUUUGUUGAUUUUUCUCAGAGAACAAACAUAUGGGUUUUGCCUCAAUUGUUGUUUCGAAUGUUUGAGAAUGGCUUUUGGAGUUGGUUUACUUGUUGGGGUGAUUGUUAGACAUGAUAUAGUCUUGCCAUUUUGCUCCGUUAGUGUGUGUGCUUCAAUGCUUAUUAUGGGUCGUGAGUGAUUAUGGUCCAUGAUAGUCUGGUGGACUGUGUUUAUGUUUCUGAAUUGUUUGCUGUUGUUGCUCUGUUCAUGCAUUGUGAUUGAUUUCUUAGGAGAGUGGUUGAACUAGGCAUUAAACAUUCUUGGUUACAUAAUAUUGGGUCUUGCUGCUGGUCUGAUAUUCCACUAGCUCUGUUGCUUUCUUUGUGUUGUCUGCUCUUAGCAUUAUGGAAACCAUUAGCUGGAGCUAGUUCUCCAUCUGGUGCAAACUGUUAUUCGCUCGGCUGGUUAACAGUCGCAGUACUAUGUGAUUUAUCAGAUAUAUAUAUAUGUAUCGUUGCGAUCAUGAUGUGUGAGAUGAUUGGUUGGUUUUAAGAUAUAGAAAGAAAACUUAGGUCUGAUUUCAUAGGAUCUUUCUAACCCAUAGUCGCCUUCACUCGUUCCUUCACCUGCCGAAUGUUUUACUGGAUGAACUCCGAAUCCUGCUCCUUGGUUGUUUCAUGUUUUCUUAUCUGGCUCUUGUGGUUACCAAGUAUUCAAACGUCGGUCAAAUUGUGGUAGUGAAUUGCAGCUUUGUGUAGGUAAUGGAAUGUGUAGUCUGCUUUGAUUACAUCCUCAAUUGAUUAGUUCUCUUCCUGAUUAUUAGUGCUUGAUUAGCUCGGCCUAGCUUCUUCUAUACCUUGAACAGUUGGUGAGAUCUGGAUGUGCUUAAUUAUGAUGAUGAUGAUGUUCACACAGUCUGCACGUAUGAUCUUUGCAUUUGUGAACGGAUUGGCUCCGUUCAGUGAUGGCAAUGGGCCGGACAAACAGUUUUGGGCCUUGUUGCACAGGGUCUUCCUUGUUAGCCGUGCCUUUUCGGCCCAGUAUCUGUUGGCUGCCCAUUCCAAAUUAAGGAAUUAGGAUUUGAAGGUGCAAGUUGCCAGUAUAUAUCCAACCUAAAGUGACGAUGAUGAUAGAUUUGGAUAGGUAAUGAGCGGGGCCGAGUUGGAGUUUUUUGCAAGAAAUGAAACGUUGCUGUUUCUCUCUGUCGUCUCUUUCGCGAUAAUUAUUAUAGAUGAAUGCUCACUUGUCACAACAAUUAGGGUUAAUUGCAUGGUUGGUUACUGAGAAUACAAAAAAUAUGUUUCAAGUUUGGUCACUUAAAAUAUUUAAAUUUAUUGGUGGUACUUCAGUUUACUGAAACUGUUCACAUUUGGUCACUCUCGGUCUAACUCGGUUAACUUUUGCUUACGUGACAGUCAACUAUAAAAGUUGACUGUUACAUGUGUGACGUGACAAUUAAAAAAUAAAUUUUUUUUUUAAAUUUCACCUCAUUUUUAACUAUUAAGAAGAUAAAAAUAAAAGUAUUAAAUUAAGAUCAAACGGCGAAUCCUCUCUCCUGUUCUCCGCCACCGCAUUCUUGGCCACAAACAACACCGUAAUUGGGAAUUGGGAUAAGCCGAGAAUAUUUCUUUCGGGUUGAGUUCAGUCGUUUUCUAUUCCAGUGUUGCGCCAUCCCUUAAUUGGAUGGAGACCUCCAAAUCGAGAUGACUUAAAAAUCACCACAUCCACACCAAAACUUUGUACAAAUGCAAUGAACCACAGCCUUAUUAGUUAUCAUUUUUCUGUCAUUCUCUCCGGUCGCAUCUUUGGGGGACCUCCAGUCCAUAGAAAAAAGGGUUGCAUUUGCAUUGGGCUCAUCAUUUUGAGACAGAGCCAAAGUUUCCCCCAACUCCCACACCACCGCAUUUAUUUAUAUUUGUUAAAUUAACGUUACGUUGCUUC